CUCAUCAUUGCUUUUGCAGAAGAAUGUUCCAACUGCUUUGAAUAUUAUUGAAAGGGGGGAAAUCCCUUAUCAUUUUUCUAUUUUUCUUGGAAGAACUAAGCAGGAUGCCGGACUUGAGAUAGUUUGGAUUCUUGUGCUUUUUUGCAUAACUGCUUGUUUACAUUUUAAGCCUUUUUCUUCUUUUUUUCUAUCUCUCUUGUUUAAAUUCUUCAUCCAGUACUGUACCAGCCGUAUCAGAUACAUUAGCAUAAUUUUUCUUGGGCGGGUUUGAAGCUUUUUCUCCUAUUGGAGAGGAGUUUCGUCCUGUGACCGGGAGAGUGGAGAGUAAGAUUGGGGAGAGGAUUUCUUGCACAUCAGAACGGUGUUGUCAUCUAUUUCUUGAAGAGAAAGAAAAGUGGAGUAAGUUUGCGGAGAAGAUCUCAGCGCUACAGUAUGUGGCCGGGGUGGCUGCUGAAGGUGUCUCUGGGGCUCGCCGCUGUCCUGUCGCUGUCCGUCAGUUCUGCAGAAGGUGCUGCGCAAGACAGCGAGGCUGACAAAUACAGCGAGCCGAAGGCAAACAGCAGGACGAAGAGGAGAGGAGGCAGCCAGGACGUGCUCAAGGGGCCCAAUGUCUGUGGAUCACGAUUCAAUGCUUACUGCUGCCCAGGAUGGAAAACCCUUUCUGGAGGAAACCAGUGCAUCGUCCCAAUUUGCAGAAGCUCGUGUGGAGACGGAUUCUGCUCCAGACCAAAUAUGUGCACCUGCCCAAGCGGUCAAAUUGCACCUUCUUGUGGCUCAAAAUCAGUUCAACACUGCAGUAUCAGGUGCAUGAAUGGGGGUUCUUGUGCAGAGGAUCAGUGCAUGUGUCAGAAGGGUUAUGCCGGAGCACACUGUGGCCAACCGGUCUGCGAGAAUGGGUGCCUGAAUGGGGGAAGGUGUGUGGCUCCAAACCGCUGUGCCUGCACCUAUGGCUUUACUGGUGCUCAGUGUGAAAGAGAUUACAGGACCGGGCCGUGCUUCACAUCUAUAAGCAACCAGAUGUGCCAAGGGCAGCUGACUGGCAUCGUGUGCACCAAGACUCUGUGCUGCGCCACAGUGGGCAGGGCCUGGGGGCACCCCUGCGAGAUGUGCCCUGCGCAGCCUCAUCCCUGCCGCAGGGGGUUCAUUCCAAACAUCCGAACGGGAGCUUGUCAAGAUGUGGACGAAUGCCAGGCCAUUCCUGGGCUCUGUCAGGGAGGAAAUUGCAUUAACACUGUCGGGUCCUUUGAGUGCAAGUGUCCCGCUGGCCACAGGUUCAACGAAGCCACACAGAAAUGUGAAGACAUUGAUGAGUGUGCGACUCUCCCUGGUAUUUGCAAUGGAGGUGAAUGUUCGAACACAGCUGGAAGUUACUUUUGCAGGUGUCUCCAAGGGUACUACGCUUCAGUUGAUGGCUCCAGGUGUAUAGAUGGUCGAAGUGGAUACUGCUUCGCAAGUUUAGUGAACGGUCGCUGUGGCAACCAGCUCUCCCAACACAUGACCAAGAUGCAGUGCUGCUGUGACAGUGGGCGUUGCUGGUCAGAUGGAUCUGCUCCAGAAAUGUGUCCCAUGCGUGGAACAGAUGAGUACAGAAAACUCUGCGCUAUGCCGUUUCCACCAGAUCAACCUAUUCCCAGAAUUCCUGAGAUUCCACCAGCUGUGCCUGGUGUACACCCUGGUCAGCCAGGUGUUGAUGUUCCUGUUCAGCCUGGUGUGCCCAUAAUCCCUGGCAUCCCUGGCAUCCCACCAGUUAUCCUUCCUCAAAAUAUUACAAACAUUUGCCUCCGGUACCGAAACCUCUGCAUCAACGGAGUCUGCGUCCCGACCCCGGGAAGCUAUCGCUGUGAGUGCAACACAGGAUAUAGGCUGGAUGUCCGGGGAGAAUGCAUUGAUGAUGAUGAAUGUGAUCGAAAUCCCUGUGUCAAUGGAAACUGUGUGAACAGUCAGGGGUCCUAUUUCUGCCAGUGUUCCACGGGGUUCCAGAGUACAGCUGGUAGAACUGAGUGUCGAGAUGUGGAUGAGUGCGUCGCGAAUGGAAGAAUCUGUAACAAUGGCCGAUGUGUGAAUACAGAAGGCAGCUUCCACUGUGUUUGCAAUGCGGGCUUCGAGAUUUCAUCCGAUGGGAAAAAUUGUCAAGAUCAAGAUGAAUGCCUCAUCAGAAACAUGUGCCUUAAUGGGAUGUGCAUAAAUGAAGAUGGAAGUUUCAAAUGCAUUUGCAAGCCUGGUUUCCUGUUAGAUCCAACUGGGCGAUUCUGUACAGACAUCGAUGAGUGUGAGACGCAGGGCAUGUGCAUGAACGGACACUGUGUCAACACAGAGGGCUCCUUCAGGUGUGACUGCCUUCCUGGCCUGGCUGUGGGGCUGGAUGGGCGUGUCUGUGUGGACACGCAUAUGCGGAGUACAUGUUACGGGGGUUACAAGAGGGGACAGUGUGUAAGACCUUUCUUUGGAGCAGUUACCAAGUCCGAGUGUUGCUGCGCUAAUAUUGAGUAUGCUUUCGGAGAACCUUGUCAGCCUUGUCCGCCUCUGAAUUCAGCUGAAUUCUCAGCAUUGUGCAGUAAAGGUAUUGGCACCACCUCAGAUGGGAGAGAUAUAAAUGAGUGCGCACUGGAUCCUGAUACUUGUCAGAAUGGAGUUUGUGAGAACAUGCUGAGGACUUAUAAAUGUAACUGCAAUCUUGGAUUUGAAGUAGAUUCCACAGGCAAAAACUGUAUUGACAUCGAUGAAUGUGCACGGAGCCCACACCUGUGUGACAAUGGGCAAUGCCGAAACACCCCUGGGAGUUUCACCUGUUUGUGUGAAAAGGGCUAUGUUUUUAAUCCUGAAACUGAUGUUUGUGAAGAUAUCGACGAAUGUGAGUCCAACCCCUGUGUAAAUGGAGACUGUAAGAACAUCAAGGCCUCCUUCGUUUGUGAGUGCCCGCCAGGAAGCGUCCUGGACAGCUCUGGGACGACGUGCAUUGAAACAGGAACAGGAAAUUGCUGGCUGACAAUUAUUAAUGAUAGAUGUGAAAUUAAUAUCAAUGGAGCAACACUCAAGUCCCACUGCUGCGCUACACUGGGUGUUGCCUGGGGAAGCCCAUGUACAAAGUGUGUACCAGAUACAGUUUGUUCUAAAGGCUUUGCACGAGUUAGAGGGACGACUUGUGAAGAUGUGAAUGAGUGUGAAGUGUUUCCUGGGGUUUGCAUCAACGGGAAGUGUGUAAAUACAGUGGGAUCUUUUAUUUGCCAGUGCCCCAGUGGAAAGACUGUGGAUGCCACUGGUAGAACCUGCAUUGACCUGCGCACAGAAUUCUGUUAUCUAACGCACGAGGAUGAGCGGUGUGUCUCUCCGAUUCCGGGGAAACACCGCGUCGAUGCCUGCUGUUGCUCGGUUGGGGCUGCCUGGGGCCCGGAGUGCGAUGAGUGUCCAGAGAAAGGCACUCCUGAGUACACCCAGCUCUGUCCCAGAGGCCCAGGCUUUUCUCACAGGGGUGACUUCAUCAACGGAAAACCUUUACUCAAAGACAUCAACGAGUGCAAAAUGAUUCACAGCCUAUGCACCAAUGGAAAAUGCCGAAACACUUUUGGCAGUUUCAGAUGCAAGUGCGAUAGUGGCUUUGCCCUUGACUCAGAGGAGAGGAACUGCACUGAUAUCGAUGAGUGCCGCAUAUCUCCUGAUCUCUGUGGACAAGGGACCUGUGUCAACACUCAGGGGGACUUUGAGUGUGAAUGCUUUGAAGGUUACGAGAGUGGCUUCAUGAUGAUGAAAAACUGCAUGGACAUCGAUGAGUGCGAGAGGAAUCCGCUGCUGUGCCGGGGUGGCGAAUGUCUGAACACGGAGGGAAGUUUCCGGUGUGUGUGUCCCGAAGGCCAUGAGGUGGCAUCCGAUGGCUCCGCUUGCUUAGAUAUUAAUGAGUGUGAAUUAAGUGAUAAGCUUUGCAAGAAUGGACGUUGUGUGAAUAUGAUUGGGCACUACCAGUGCACCUGUAACACAGGAUACAAAUCUACAGAGGACAAGCUGUCAUGUGUCGAUAUCGACGAGUGUACCAUCCAGAAUGGGCAGUGUGAAACGUACUGCACGAACUCGGAAGGCAGCUACGAGUGCAGCUGCAGGACUGGCUACGCCCUGAUGCCGGAUCAGAGGAGCUGCACAGAUAUUGACGAGUGUGAAGACAAUCCAGACAUCUGUGAUGGUGGUCAGUGCACAAACAUCCCUGGCGAAUACCAGUGUCUGUGCUACGAUGGGUUUAUGUCCUCUGAGGAUAUGAAGACAUGCCUAGAUGUCGAUGAGUGUGAACUGAAUCCAAAUAUCUGCCUGAGUGGGAACUGUGAGAACACAAAGGGAUCUUUCAUCUGCCACUGUGACAUGGGGUAUUCAGUGAGGAAAGGAACUACUGGCUGUACAGAUAUAAAUGAAUGCGAGAUUGGAGCUCAUAACUGUGACAGGCACGCCACCUGUACAAACACAGCAGGCAGCUUUAAAUGUAGCUGCAGUCCUGGCUGGAUAGGAAAUGGAAUCAAAUGCAAAGAUUUGGAUGAGUGCUCCAAUGGAACCCACAUGUGCAGCAGCCAUGCGGAUUGCAAGAACACCAUGGGGUCCUACCGGUGCAUCUGCAAGGAGGGCUUCUCUGGAGAUGGCUUCUUUUGUACAGACAGCGACGAGUGUGCAGAAAAUGUAAACCUGUGUGAGAAUGGACAUUGCCUGAAUGUUCCUGGUGGAUAUCGCUGUGAGUGCGACAUGGGGUUCAUACCCACUUUGGAUGGGAAGGCCUGUGAAGAUAUUGAUGAGUGUUCAUUCCCUGACAUCUGUGUCAAUGGGAGGUGCCGGAAUAUCCCAGGCCUCUUCCGAUGUGAGUGUCACACCGGGUAUGAGCUAGACAGAAGCGGAGGAAACUGUACAGAUAUCAACGAGUGUGCUGACCCAACCACUUGCAUCAGUGGAAUUUGUGUGAACACUCCUGGUAGCUACGUCUGCAACUGUCCUCCAGAUUUUGAGCUCAACCCGACCCGUGUCGGCUGUGUUGACACGCGUUCUGGCAAUUGCUACCUGGACGUGCGGGCCCGUGGAGAUGCGUCUUUGAGCCUGGAGUGUUCCAAUGAGAUCGGCGUGGGCGUCUCCAAGGCCUCCUGCUGCUGCUCCCUGGGCCGAGCCUGGGGCAACCCCUGUGAGGCCUGUCCUGCAAUCAACUCCUCUGAGUAUAAGACCUUGUGCCCAGGAGGAGAAGGAUUCCGACCUAAUCCCAUCACAGUUAUUUUGGAAGAUAUCAAUGAAUGUCAGGAGCUACCAGGUCUUUGCCAAGGAGGAAAUUGUAUUAACACAUUUGGUAGCUUUCAUUGUGAGUGUCCAAGGGGCUUCGAGCUAAAUGAGGAGACAAGAAUCUGUGAAGAUGUUAACGAAUGUGAGAGGCCUGGUAUCUGUGGCCCUGGACAGUGUUAUAACACAGUAGGGAAUUACACCUGUAUAUGUCCCCCAGACUACAUGCAGGUCAAUGGUGGUAACAACUGCAUGGAUAUGAGGCGGAGUCUGUGCUACAGGAACUUUUAUUCUGACAAUGGAACCUGUGAUGGAGAGCUGGCUUUCAACAUGACCAAGAAGAUGUGCUGCUGCUCCUACAAUAUCGGCCGGGCCUGGAAUAAGCCGUGCGAGCAGUGUCCCAUACCCAGCACCAAUGAGUUUGCCAUCCUGUGUGGAAGCGAAAGACCAGGAUACAUCAUUGAUAUCAUUAGUGGAAAACCUAUUGACAUCGAUGAAUGCAGAGACAUCCCGGGAGUCUGUGAGAAUGGAGUGUGUAUUAAUAUGAUUGGCAGCUUCAGGUGUGAGUGUCCCAUGGGCUUUGUGUACAACGACAAGCUGUUGAUCUGCGAAGACAUUGAUGAAUGCCAGAACGGACCCGUUUGUCAACGAAACGCGGAGUGUCUGAACCUGCCCGGGAGCUACCGCUGCGAAUGCAAACCAGGCUACCGAUUCACGCCCACUGGCCAGUGUCUCGAUCGCAACGAAUGUGCUGAGAUUCCCAAUAUCUGUAGCCAUGGGCAAUGUAUUGACACAGUGGGAAGCUAUCGCUGCAUCUGUCAGAAUGGAUUCAAGCCAACUGCAGAUGCAUCCAUGUGUAUAGAUGUUGACGAGUGCGAGAGGCAGCCGUGUGGAAAUGGCACCUGUAAAAACACAGUUGGCUCCUACAACUGCCUGUGUUAUCCCGGGUUCCAGCUCUCUCACAAUAAUGACUGUAUUGAUACGGACGAGUGCUCAACUCAGAGGGGCCUCUGCAGGAAUGGCAACUGUAUUAACACCAUAGGAUCAUUCCAGUGUGUGUGUCGUGAUGGCUAUGAGCUCACAGCCGACCGCAGGAUUUGUAUAGAUAUCAACGAAUGUGUCGUCAAUCCUGGAACCUGUGGCCCUGGUAUCUGUCAGAAUUUGGACGGCAGCUACAGGUGUAUUUGCCCACCUGGAUACUACUUAAAAGAUGAGAAGUGUGAAGACAUUGAUGAAUGCGCUCAAAGCCCAGAUAUCUGCGUGUUUGGUACCUGUUCCAAUACCGAAGGCAGUUUCAAGUGCCUGUGUCCCAGUGGUUUCGUGUUGUCUUCUUCAGGAAGGAGAUGCAUUGAUGAACGGCGCCACUACUGCUUCAGCAAGUUUGAGGAUGGGAGGUGCCAGGCCCCCAGGCCCCUCAACUCCACCAAGAGCGAGUGCUGCUGCAGCGCAAUGCCAGGGCAGGGAUGGGGAGACCCCUGUGACUUGUGCCCCGGAAGGAACGACACGCUCUUUGCGUUACUGUGUGCCGGUGUUGGCCUUCAUGUGGACAAAUACGACAAUCGAGUAGAUCUGGAUGAAUGCUCGGCAGAUCCAAACACCUGUAAAAACGGACAGUGCAUUAACACGGAUGGCUCGUUUAGGUGCGAAUGUCCCCUGGGUUUCCGGCUGGAUUUCAGUGGUGUGAAUUGUGAGGACACCAAUGAGUGCGAAUUAGGAAGCCCCUGUGGCAAUGGCACAUGCACAAACCUCAUUGGCGCGUUCGAGUGUACAUGUGACGAGGGAUUUGAGCCGGGGCCCAUGAUGACUUGUGAAGAUGUGAACGAAUGUGCUCAGAAUCCUCUUCUGUGUGCUUUCCGCUGUGUCAAUACGGUGGGAUCAUAUGAGUGCAAGUGUCCCAAAGGGUAUGUGCUCAGAGAAGAUGGGAGAAUGUGCAGAGACCAAGACGAAUGUGAAGAUGGUAUUGAUGACUGCGAUACAAGAGGAAUGACCUGUAAAAACCUGAUAGGCACCUACAUGUGUAUCUGUGCACCUGGAUAUGUUCGCCAGCCUAAUGGAGAUGGAUGCAUGGAUAUGAAUGAAUGUUCUGCCAAGCCAGGCAUCUGUGAGAACGGACGCUGUGUGAACACAGUUGGCAGCUACAGAUGUGUUUGCAAUGAAGGAUUUUCUCCUAGCUCCACAUUGACAGAAUGCAUAGACAACCGCCAGGGAUUCUGUUUUACGGAGGUGCUCCAGAGCCUGUGCCAGAUGACCUCCACCAGCAGGAACCCGGUGACAAAGUCUGAGUGUUGCUGUGAUGGGGGCCGAGGCUGGGGGUCCAGCUGUGAGCUCUGUCCUCUGCCUGGCACUACCCAGUACAAGAAAAUGUGUCCACUUGGUCCUGGCUACACCACGGAUGGGAAAGAUAUUGAUGAAUGCCGUGUCAUCGGGGGGCUGUGUCGGAAUGGGCAGUGUGUCAAUAGCAUUGGCUCCUACAGCUGCAUCUGCAAACCCGGGUAUACCACUGACAUCAGUGGGACAUCAUGUGUGGAUGUCGACGAAUGUGUCCAGUCACCGAAGCCUUGCAAUUUCAUCUGCAAAAACACUGAGGGAACAUACCUGUGCUCCUGUCCCAGGGGCUAUAUUCUACAGGAAGAUGGCAAGAGUUGCAGAGACCUUGAUGAAUGCUCAACCAAGCAGCACAACUGCCAGUUUCUAUGUGUCAACACGAUUGGGGGGUUCACCUGCAAAUGUCCCCCUGGCUUCACACAACACCACACUGCCUGCAUUGAUAACAAUGAGUGUGCCACAGACCCAGGGCUGUGUGGAGCAAAGGGGGUGUGUCAGAACACUCCAGGUAGCUUCAGCUGCGAGUGUCAGCGUGGAUAUUUACUGGAUCAGAAUGGACAGAACUGCGAAGAUGUGGAUGAGUGUGAUGGGAACCACAGAUGUCAGUAUGGUUGCCAGAACCUAAUUGGAGGAUACAGGUGCAGUUGUCCCCAAGGCUACCUUCAGCAUUACCAGUGGAACCAGUGUGUAGAUGAGAACGAGUGCCUCAACAGCCAGGUCUGUGGAGGGGCCUCCUGCCACAACACCCUGGGCAGUUUCCGGUGCAUCUGCCCCACGGGAUUCCAGUACGAGCAGUUCAGCGGCGGGUGUCAGGAUAUCAACGAAUGUGUCUCCCCUCAGAACCCCUGCAACUACGGCUGCUCCAACACUGAUGGGGGCUACACCUGCGGCUGUCCCACUGGCUACUACAGAGCAGGACAGGGGCACUGUGUAUCAGGAGUGGGAUUUGGACAGGGGCUGCCGAUAGGGGGAGACACUGAUGACAACUCCCUCUCGCCUGAGGCUUGCUACGAGUGCAAGAUCAACGGAUACCCCAAGAAGGGCAGGAGACGUAGAAGCACCAAUGGAAUAGGAGAUGAAGAGAAUGAACAAGAAGCAAUGAGCCUUGACAGUGUGGAUACUGAAGACACCCUUGCUUUCAGCUUCAACAUCACAGAUCUGAGCAACAAAGAUCAUAUCCUGGAGUUUGUUCCUGCGCUCAACACCCUUACCAACCACAUCCGCUAUGUCAUUGACUUUGGAAACGAUGAGGGCUUCUUCAAAAUCAACCAGAAGAAUGGAAUAAGCUACCUUCGUUUAACCAAGAAGCAACUGCUUCCUGGAGCCUACUUUGUACAAAUCAGCAGUGUCCCACUGUACAAAAAGAAAGAACUGGCUCACCUGGAAGACAAGUAUGACAAAGACUACCUCACAGGGGAGCUGGGAGACACAUUAAAAAUGAAGGUGCAAAUUAUUCUCCAUUAACUGCACAAGAAGACUAAGUGAAACCGCAGACGCCAAAGAAAAGGAAUGGACUGCUUUGUCGAUUCCCAAGCAGAUUCUACAUAUCACUGAUACAAUCUCUUAUUCUUAUUUUAAAAAGUAUGAAAAAAGCACUGCUCAAUGUUAAGAAAAGGCAUGGGAGGCCAAUUCUUCCCCCCAAAUCAACCACUUCCUCAGGCUUUUGUAUAAAUAAAGCUCAUCUUCUCAAUAAGGGUUUUGUAUGCUGAUAUGUUGAAUCUUACAAACAAUAACUGGGGACACAAGAGGCAAGGAGGCACUAAUGCUGAGACUUCAUCAUUCAGCAGAAGUUGAAGAUUAUGUUCGGGCUUGAAGGACUUUUUUCUUUAACCAUGCUUCUCCAAUUGUUUUUGUUUUUUCAACUGAAUAGAUCAGCAGUUUAUUAUAUUAACUGGUGCUAGUUACAAGACAUCAUAGAUUUAUGAAUGCACUGUAAUAUUUUACAAACUCGGUAACCAAAAUGCAAUUUCUAAUCAGUCUAAAGAUUUCAAGUUACUUUGCAACCAACCAAAGUUAAGCUCAAUAGCUUUUUUUCAGUUAUACCUAUACAACAUGUAAAUUAAGUGUGUGUAUACUGUAAUCAUGCUACUUUUUUAAUCAUGGAAGCAUUUGUUAACUAGAUUUUUAAGCCCUGUAUGGAAGGGUUUUGUAAUGGUGCUUAUAAAGACCAACUACUUCUUUUUAAUUGUACACACCGUUCUGAUGAUGCAUAAUCUGUGACUUCAUAACAGUGCACUGAGGCCAGUAAGGCCACUCAUGUUCUCCAAAAUCAUACGACAACCAGUGCUCUCAUCCCAGAUAACGUUAAUGGCAUCAUCUUCAGUACCAGUGUCUGUUCACACCAAUGAGGGUUUAGUUUAAGUAAAUUCACAAUAAAAAAAACAUAUUUUUGGUUUAAA